GCGCGAGGUGGAGAUGAAGAGGGAAGCGGCCAAGCCCACACAGGACAAGGCUGCAAAGCCAAGUCAACAGGGCGGAAGUGACCGUGAGCAAGAGCUUGCUGCAACAAAGAUCCAGAGCCAAAUCCGUGGGAAGCAAGCAAGGCGGGAAGUGGAGAAGAAGAAACAAGAAGCAGUGGAUCGUGAGCAAGAGUUAGCAGCCACCAAAAUCCAAAGCCGGAUUCGCGGCAAGCAAGCAAGGCGCGAGGUGGAGAUGAAGAGGGAAGCGGCCAAGCCCACACAGGACAAGGCUGCAAAGCCAAGUCAACAGGGCGGAAGUGACCGUGAGCAAGAGCUGGCAGCAACAAAAAUCCAGAGCCAAAUCCGUGGGAAGCAAGCAAG